AUGUCUAACCUCAAAUCUGCAAUGUCAGGUGUUUUACCUCAAGGCCUCACAGAUAUCAAUCUCGGUCCAUCGUUCACUUCCAUCUCAGGUGAUUUCUUAGGCCUCCCGAUACAAGACGACGAACUUUGGGGUCUAAGCCCCGUCUCACCUAUGGCGGGCUGGGAUAAAGACUCGGCAUUUGCCAAUUCCGCGCUCGAACGAGACCUCAAAAACACCCAGGUUCGAAAUGGUCAACCAACCCCACCUCCCUAUGAUGGUCGUGAUCUCGGUCUAGACAUGGAAAGCGCCAGCAAACGACGGCGCGUCCGCGAAUACAAAACCGCCGCCGCUAGCCUCAGCCCGGACCUUGACGAUGCCCCGCACGAACGCGCCAAGCGGGCCAAAUUCCUCGAGCGCAAUCGUCUCGCUGCUAGCAAGUGUCGCCAGAAGAAAAAAGAACAUACUCAACAGCUGGAAUUCAAUUUCAAGGAACAGUCCGAGAAAAAGGAACAGCUUGUUGCCGAAAUCGCACGCCUACGCUCCGAGAUACUGGGUCUGAAGAAUGAGGUCCUCAAACAUGCUCAGUGUGGCGAUGAACCCAUUAAACUUCAUCUCGCUCAGAUGGUAAAGAGAAUUACCGAUAAAGAUGGUGCGCCUUCUCUUGAGGAAUCGCCAGUCAGAAUUCAUGAUCAUCCUUCCGUCUCCCCGCUUGAACCUACUCCGGUGACGACUUCCGUGCCUGUUUCUGCGCCUGCGCCCGCGGCUAUGUCGUUUGGAUUUGAUGAUCCUCUCCAGCUUGAGCCGGCUGCUGCGGCCGCCGCUGAGGCGUUCGAGCAACAGAUGCGUCGUGAGUCGGAGGCUUCCCUUGUCUCUGAGGGGUCUUAUUCAUUCUCGGCGGAGGAUACAUUUGAUGAUUUGAUCAAUGUGUGA